UGGCUUUCACCAAGAAUGUCUGGUUCUGGUAAAGAGUUUGACGUGAAGCAGAUUUUAAAAAUCAGAUGGAGGUGGUUUGGUCAUCAGGCAUCAGCCUCUAACUCUGCAACUGAAAACCAUCAGGGAGACUUCUGGAAUAGAGGACAAAAUGUAACAACUGAUGGCACAAAGUUUUUAGAUUCGGGUAGCUUAUCUUUAACAUCAGUUGGUUGCAGAAGGUCCAGCCAACAGGAUUUCCAGAAUUCACCUCUUUGGCCAAUGGCAUCCACCUCAGAAAUCCCUACAUUUGAAUUCUCAGAAGACUGUGGAGGUGCACGUUGCCUUGACAGACAAGAAACAGAUGACAGAGCAAGUGAAGAAGAAAAUGAAUCGGACAGCUGCUCGCGCAGAACCUCUGACAGCAGUCACAUCUUAUCAUCCUGUCAAACAAUGGAGCCCUGUACCUCAGAUGAAUUUUUUCAAGCUCUCAGUCAUGCUGAACAAACUUUUAAAAAGAUGGAGAAUUAUCUGAGACACAAUCAGCUAUGUGAUGUGGUGUUAGUUGCUGGUGAUCGUAGGAUUCCAGCUCACAGAUUGGUUCUCUCCUCUGUUUCGGACUACUUUGCAGCAAUGUUCACGAAUGAUGUAAGGGAAGCAAGACAGGAAGAAAUCAAGAUGGAAGGUGUGGAGCCAAAGGCAUUGUGGGCUCUGGUUCAAUAUGCAUAUACAGGUCGCCUUGAAUUAAAAGAAGAUAACAUUGAGUGCCUGUUGUCUACAGCUUGCCUUCUUCAGCUCUCUCAGGUUGUAGAAGCAUGCUGUAAAUUCCUAAUGAAGCAGCUUCACCCCUCCAAUUGCCUUGGAAUCCGAUCUUUUGCUGAUGCACAGGGUUGCACUGACUUGCACAAGGUGGCUCACAAUUACACUAUGGAAAACUUCAUGGAAGUCAUUAGAAAUCAGGAAUUUCUGUUAUUGCCAGCCACUGAAAUUGCUAAGCUUUUAGCAAGCGAUGACAUGAAUAUUCCUAAUGAAGAAACGAUACUGAAUGCACUACUUACCUGGGUUCGACAUGAUUUGGAACAGAGAAGGAAAGAUCUCAGUAAACUCCUGGCUUACAUUAGACUGCCUCUGCUUGCUCCACAAUUUCUGGCAGAUAUGGAGAACAAUGCACUCUUUAGGGAUGACAUUGAGUGUCAAAAACUCAUUAUGGAAGCAAUGAAGUACCAUCUGUUACCAGAGAGACGACCUAUGUUGCAAAGCCCUCGCACCAAACCUAGAAAAUCUACAGUGGGUGUUUUGUUUGCAGUUGGAGGAAUGGAUGCAACAAAAGGAGCUACAAGCAUUGAAAAAUAUGAACUUCGUACCAACACAUGGACUCCAGUUGCAAACAUGAAUGGACGAAGAUUACAGUUCGGAGUUGCAGUCUUAGAUGAUAAACUGUUUGUUGUUGGUGGCAGAGAUGGACUGAAAACAUUGAAUACUGUGGAGUGCUACAACCCGAGAUCAAAAACUUGGAGUGUAAUGCCACCGAUGUCCACUCAUCGUCAUGGUCUUGGAGUAGCUGUAUUGGAAGGUCCCAUGUAUGCUGUAGGAGGACAUGAUGGCUGGAGCUACCUGAAUACAGUAGAAAGAUGGGAUCCACAGGCUCGUCAGUGGAACUUCGUAGCUAGUAUGUCAACUCCCAGGAGCACCGUUGGUGUAGCAAUAUUAAAUGGAAAGCUUUAUGCAGUUGGUGGUCGAGAUGGAAGUUCUUGUCUUAAGUCAGUAGAAUGUUUUGAUCCUCAUACAAACAAAUGGACUCUCUGUGCUCAGAUGUCAAAAAGAAGAGGUGGUGUAGGUGUAACCACCUGGAACGGGUUCUUGUAUGCAAUAGGUGGCCACGAUGCUCCAGCAUCCAACUUAACAUCCAGGCUGUCAGACUGUGUAGAAAGGUAUGAUCCCAAAACAGAUAUGUGGACUGCUGUGGCCUCUAUGAGCAUUAGCAGAGAUGCAGUGGGAGUGUGUCUUCUUGGUGACAAGUUGUAUGCUGUUGGAGGAUAUGAUGGUCAAACAUAUCUUAAUACCGUGGAGUCUUAUGAUCCCCAGACAAAUGAAUGGACACAGGUUGCACCACUGUGCUUAGGAAGAGCUGGAGCGUGUGUUGUGACUGUAAAACUCUGA